CAGACCUGGGUCUGGAGAGAAGGGCUUCCAUGAUGAUAGAGGCUAUCGAGAGCGAAGGUGAUAUUCAGUAUGUUAUAGAUGAAGACCUGGGUCUGGAGAAAAAGACUUCCAUGAUGAUAGAGGCUAUCGAGAGCGAAGGUGAUAUUCAGGUAGCAGAGGUAAAAGAAACAGGUUUGGAACAAACCACUAAUCUUUUGGAACUGUCUAACCAACUAUCCGCAAUGGAUUACGACGAGCAGACUACUGAAAAAAUUAUUGACCAGCUAAUUCAAGACAACUAUAGGGUGACAUGCUUUUUUAACGUCCAAAACAGAACGGCUAACAUGAUUGAUGACGGCAGAAUCUGCUGUACGUGGGGCAACGUCGUUGUCCCCCCUACUUUAGCGGAUCCGUGGAAAAAUAACAUCGUAGCGACGCGUAAAGCAAUCCAUUGCGCCACAGGCACGUCUGGUACCCUGUCUUACAAAAUACACUCCGAUCCACCACGGCGAUUGGUGAUCAAGUGGGAAUGCCCAUUUAACUUUGACAUACACAGCAACAUGCUGGCCGUCGGGAUCUCGCAACAAACUGUUGAAUGCCAUGACAAUAAUUGGUACAAUACAAUGAAAACUGAAGGCACACAUACAGUUGACGAACAUUUCGGUUAUGAUCUGCACUAUUAUAUCAGUUCUGAUGUGAGACAGGUAUUCUACACUGACGGGAAAUACACCGUGUACGGAACGAUGUCAUCGUGCCAUAAGGCACAAGUUCUUAUAUGGCUGAAACGCAACCAACUACAAAUAAAAAGGAAUUAGUCCAAAUUCCUUUCGCCUUAUUCAGUACAUUUUGCGCAGAUGUGUUGCACUUGAGAGCAAAAAUUGAAGUAUCUCGUAAUAGAAAAAAUUAUAUAUUUGCCAACUGGUACAUGUAUCGAGCUUAUUUUCCUAAAUUUUUGUUGGUCAGUCUGGAGUAGUUAAAAAGUUAUCAUACUUUCAAUCGCAGUAGGGCAAUCUGUUGCGGACACUACACACAUACAUUGUUAUGCAUCUAUUUUUUUCAGCUGUAAUCAUUAACCAGCACUUUUAAUUGUCUAAUCCACUGAAGAAACUCAUUUGCCAAACAUAAAACCCAACUUGGUGGUAGUUUAUUGAUGGCUUGUGUAUAUUUUGUUUAUUUGGAUGUAAUUUACUUCUUGCGAAUUAUUUUAGUUGUUUGUCUACAUUUAUUUGUUUCUUUAAAAAGGAGGUAGGUAAACCUGGGCUGUUCAUGAUGUCAACUGUAAAGGUGUACUUAUAAAAACAAAACAAAACAUUUGAGGUGUUAAGCUAUGCAUUUAUUUGAAAUUAAAAGAAUAUCAAUACCACCAUUUUGUUGCGGACACUACAGUUUGAACUCCUAAAAUGUACUUGUUACAAAUGAAGUAAAAUAUGUAUUUGAGAGAUGUUUUUGUUAAAUUUUGUUAAAGUACAUUUAAACUCACAGCAAAUUUUAGACCUAUUUCAUGAGCUUUCAUUUGGUGUUUAUCAAUUUAUGCAUAUUGUAUCAUGAAAAGAUCGAAAUAUUUCUUUACAGAUUCAAAUUUAUAUGGCUUAAUUAUCGCAUCCUGUCCAAAGUGCUUCCUCCAGAGACAAUUCAAACACCUAUUUACCAAAUAGAAACAAAGUGGAGAAGGCAACUUUCAACAGUAAAACUGUAACAAAAGUAAUAGAAACAUACAUGCCAUGUUGCGGACACUACACAUUUGAACGCCUAAUGCUAAGUAACUUGUAACUUGAGUAAUAACAAUAUUUCUUGUACAUAACUUUUAUCUUUAUUUUAACAAGUUCAAAACACAUGUACUUACAUGCUUUAAUAACAAAAUUGAGAAAACAGUAAAGAAUAUUUUGUAGAGUAGAUUGUAGACACAAAUUUAAAGUAUUCCUUGAAAGAUUCAGUGUCAGUCUUUGUUGGUUUCUUUGUGUUAGGUUUUUUUCCACACAGGAAGUUGUUGAUAUACUUUCAGCGACUAGUGCUGCAUUGCAGCAGAUCUGGCAGAGGCAGCAUCUUUUAUUUCUUUCACUAACUUUUUUCACAUUUUUUGGCUUUAACAGAUAAAAUGUUGUUCGGCCAAUUUUCUUGUCUGGAUAUUUCUGCAAGAAGGCUUGAUGGGCUUCAGUUAUUGUUGCUUUCAUGAUAAACUUUGGCUGGCAUUCUUUUGUCACAUCUUUCUUAUUUGGAAUACAGCGGCUUACUUCUCCUGAAAAAAAAACCCUCUUUUACCACAGCUUUUGUUUCAGCUGUUAUCUUGCCUGCUUUUGCUGUUCUUACUCUGUUCCUCCACCAGCAUUUGUCUUUCAGUGUUUUUGACCAAACGCGAGUUUUGAAUUGUAUUCCUCUGUCUGCAGAUAGAGUUGGGAUCUCUAAUCAUAGAAGUUCUUGGGGUUUAACUAUAAGUUUAUUUUUAUUUGUUUUAUUGUUAAGUUUCCUUAAGUUAAUGCAUACAUUGAUGGGAUAAGAGUGAGGUUUGUGCACUGAAACUGGUUUAAAGCCCCAGUAAAUUUACAUUUUACUGACCGUUCCAAGGCAGUACCUAACAAUCCUUGAUAAACAUACCUAGUUUUUAUAUAUAUAUAGUAUGUAUGCACUGUGCUAUUUGUGGAGUUAUGUGCUGUUCUUUUAUGUUUCUUGUUUGUGAUCUUUUGUGUUUAUGUUCUAUGUCUUUGGCGUUAACCCAGUGCCAUUAAACCGUGUUUAUGUUUAAAAAAUUUGCUACUGAGCUUGUUUCUGUAGUUUUUCGCAUAAAUAUUCAUCUGAAAUGUCUUUUUCAGUUUAGUUGCACUUUCAUUCACAUUGUAGGCUAGUGUUUUCUCGAAUGGCAUGUUUCUUUUCCCUUUUUGUGUACUUUGACUUUGACCUACUGGUCUACUAUUUAGACUAGAUACAGUUUCCAAUACAGAUUCUCCAAUGGCAUCCAUUUCUCUUAAUUUUGAAGAAGUAAGAAUUCCUUUCUCUUUGAGUAGCUUAUUUGUUGAUGGUGAUGUAGCUAGUUUCUCUACCAGUCUUGCUCUUUUUGCCGGUGUGGUUGGUAAGGUCUCUUUGACUCGUUUCAAAGCACAGUGUUCAGACCACCUGGAUGUGAAGGGAAAUUUUGCACUACUGUUGUUUCCUUUACUCCAUAAAUGUUAGUGUUAUUUUGAGUUCCUACUUGAUUGUCCAAAUUGUUUUCAUUUUUAGAUUGAAGAUCAAUGUUGCUUUCAUUUUCAGUUAAUACAUUUCUAAUGGGUUCUCCUUGUUGUGUGCUACUUUCUUUAAGCUUUUAUCUCAAACGCCAAUUUGGUGUUCUUAACACUGCUCUCUGCUUUCUAUUUUCUGCUUGCUUCUCCUUUAGUGAUAUAACCAUCUUUUUGGCUGUACUGUUUUUGUUGUUAUUUAUUGUUUUAUGUGUUUUCUGUUGCUUCUUUUUUAGCCCUAUACCUUUGUAUUUCCUAAAAAAAAUUUAUCUUCAGUUCCCUUUUCAAUGUUUCAUUAUUACUAGCGUGUUCUUUAUGUUUCAACCGUUCACGUUUAUUUCUUUCUCUAUCUUUCUGUUUCAACUGUUCAUGUUUAUUUUUGUCUUGUUUUAACUUUGCAUGGCAUUUCCUACAUAUUUCAGUGCUAUAUUGGUUAAGUUUUCAUUUUUUGUUCUGCAACGAAAUGUAAAACAUGAUAAUAAGCACUAGACAGUUCCUGUAGUGUCCGCAACAAGCCCAGAAAACAAGAUACAGCUGUACAUAGUAUUAAUUGUUCUUAUAACAUAUUUUGCUGUUUUGAAAGGAAGUACUUAUGAAGCUUUUCACUACAGUACACUUUCAGAGUACAUAGCAUUUCCAAAAUAUUGUUCCAGGAUUAACAUACAAAAUAUUCAAUUUUUGCGUUAUGGGCCUGUCAAAUCAGCCUUAAAUUGUUUACUUCAUUCUGUUUGCUGUUUUAUGAUAAAAAUGAAUUGGUUCUAAAUAUUUACAGCAAAACAAAUGAUUAAUUAACACUGAAUUGUAUAGAAAUAUACAGUUGGACUUUGCGUUGCGGACACUACAGCGUUGCGGACAAAGACAUUUAUCUGCUGUAGCCUAAUUAUUCAAUGUAGGGAGAAGAUAUUUGGUAUUUUUGUUUGUGUGUUUAUGCCAUUGUUGAAGAACAGUAAGUGCCCUCUGUAAAUAAACUGUUAGAGUGUUGUCUACAGCCCUGUUGCGGACACUACACAUUUUGGAUGUUUGAACUGACCAGAAACAAGAAAACAGAACUUCAUUUUAUCAACCGCAA